CUUCACCUAGAGGCAUUCUUUACAGCAGCUAAAUAUUCUUUGAGUCCCUCUCUUCCUCUCUUCUCUCUCCCUCCCUCUCUUUUCUCUGUUUCAGAUAGUUACAAACAAAAGCAUAUUCCCAAACCUUCAGAACGAGUCUGUGGGAAACGCUACAAGAACCGCCCCGGGCUGAGCUAUCACUACGCACACUCCCACCUGGCAGACGAGGAGGGGGAGGAUCGAGAGGAUCCGGAGCCACGCGCCCCCAUCCGCCCCCGAUCCGAGGAGCAGAAAUCUAAAAAAGGGCCUGAUGGCUUGGCGCUGCCCAACAACUACUGCGACUUCUGUCUGGGAGACUCCAAAGUGAACCACAAGACGGGCCAGGCUGAGGGGCUGGUGUCCUGCUCGGACUGCGGCCGCUCAGGACACCCCUCCUGUCUCCAGUUCACUCCGGUCAUGAUGGCUGCGGUGAAAACCUAUCGCUGGCAGUGCAUUGAGUGCAAGUGCUGCAACAUCUGCGGCACCUCGGAGAACGAUGACAAGCUGCUGUUUUGUGAUGACUGUGAUCGUGGAUACCACAUGUACUGUCUACAGCCGGCCAUGUCAGAACCCCCUGAAGGAAGUUGGAGUUGUCAUCUGUGUCUGGAUUUAUUGAAAGACAAAGCGUCCAUAUACCAGAACCCUGAUGGCACUCCAUGAGACAACCGCCUCCUUCGAUCCUUUCCCACGGGCUCACGAGACAGACCCCACCCUACAGUAGAUACAUGGACCCCUCUCAACCCCCUCCCUCCCUCCCUCCCUCAAGACAGACCCCACCCUACAGUAGAUACAUGGACCCCUCUCAACCUCCUCCCUCCCUCCCUCAAGACAGACCCCACCCUACAGAAGAUACCUGGACCCCUCUCAACCCCCUCCCUCCCUCCCAGACCCCACCCUACAGAAGAUACCUGGACCCCUCUCAACCCCCUCCCUCCCUCCCUCGAGACAGACCCCACCCUACAGAAGAUACAUGGACCCCUCUCAACCCCCUCCCUCCCUCCCUCGAGACAGACCCCACCCUACAGAAGAUACAUGGACCCCUCUCAACCCCCUCCCUCCCUCCCUUGAGACAGACCCCACCCUACAGAAGAUACAUGGACCCCUCUCAACCCCCUCCCUCCC